CCUGUCACAGAGAUGAGAGGCCAGUCCGUAUUUCCGAAAGAACCAUCCUGAACCUGAAGGCCAGCCACUUUUGUGUGAGUAGAGCCUCACCACCGCUUUGUUCUCUUUCUGCUUUCGCUUGCUUCAAUCAAUCAGUCACUUCAUACACUAAAAAAUAAUAAUAACCACUAGCAUGGCCACCAAGCCCAAUCCACCCCAUCCACCUUCUUCUUCUUCUUCCCCUCAUCCUUCUCCCUCUGCUUCUACGACUACCCACACUGCAACCACACCCACUGCAGCCACACCCACUGCAACUACGCCCAGUGCUACUGCCACUACCGAUACCACUACCAAUACAACAGCUACAACCACACCACCGCCUCACCUGCCUCCCGUCGCUUUCGACACGCUCUCAAUGGAAACACUCACCAUCAAUGAUCCCGCUCCUUCCGCGAUUGCCACCGAUCCUUCUCAGCAACCCCACCCUCCACGCAGCACGACCCCUCAGUCACAAACAACAACUGCAACGCCUGCGUCCUCCUCUUGCGAACAGCAGCAGCCACCUCCACUGUCGACUAGCAACAACACCGGCCGUAGCACGCCUUCUUCGUCCACCACCGCGUCUCCACGACUGGCUCCACCGCAACUCAAUAUGCCUCCUCCUUCGUCUUCGCCUCGGAUGAUGAUGAUGCAUCAAGGUCCACCGCCUGAACCACCCCAGCAUAUACAGUCUAUCCCUCCUCAUGGCGCCGGUGGCGGUCCUAACGGAAACAACAUGAUGUCUCCUCCACGACCAUCACCACCACCACCACCACCGCAACAACAGCAGCAGUUCCAUCCACCCUAUCCACAGCAGGGACCUCCACCUCCUCCACACUCGAUGCAACCCCAGCAGCAUCCCUACUACCAACCUGCACCUGUGGGUCUUGAUCCGGUCUACAUGUACCAUCGUCCAGAAAGCUUUUACGGCGUGCAACUGCCACCACCAGGCCCACUGGUGCCUCCCCAGCAGCAACCGCCAUUACCACCGCAACAGCAAUUUAUGCGUCCGCCACCACAAGCCAAUCCCUGGCGACACAGUUUCCACGCCGGUAUGAUAGCCGACAGCGACGCAUAUAUGCCCGACAGUUCGCUUUUUGCAGCAAGCGUGGCCGGACGACGGCCCAAAGAAAGUCAGUUCCCACCAGCAACCCUCGACAACCUCAACAAGUUCAGACGCGAAGCCAAAGCAUCCAACAACCCACAACAGCUGCUGGACUUGUCGAAAUACAUGCUCGAAGCAGUGCCACAGAUCUGCAAGAAUGAAAAGGACCCGAAACGGACGGCACAGAUCCGGGAAGCCUUGACGACAGAGGCAUACAAGACCGUAAAGAAACUGGCGAACCCAUCGGGCAUCGGCAAGGCAGGCUUUCCAGAAGCACAGUACUUUUUGGCCAUGAAAUACAUGCAGGAAAACAACAACAUGGGUGUCACCAAGGAUGCGGACAAGGCGUUUGCGUUGUUUAUGCAGGGCGCCAAACAAAACCAUCCGGCAUGCAAUUAUCGCGUGGCUGUGUGCUAUGAGGUGGGUGCAGGCACAAAGAAAGACAAGGGCCAUGCGAUCCAGUAUCACCGCAAGGCGGCCAACCUGGGCGAUCCGCCGGCCAUGUACAAGCUGGGCAUGGUCCUGCUCAAGGGACUGCUGGGCCAGUCCAAAAACCCACGUGAAGGCAUCUCCUGGCUGAAGCGCGCAACGCAGCAUGCCGACCAAGACUUGCCACACGCGUUCCAUGAACUGGGCUUGGCGUAUGAAAAGGAAGGCAUCCCUUCGGUGAUUGCGGACGCCGACUAUGCAAGAGAACUGUUCACCCAGGCGGCCCAGUACGGAUACGCGCCCUCGCAAUUCAAGCUUGGAUUGGCGUAUGAGAAUGGAUUCCUGAACUGUCCGAUCGAUCCGCGACGAUCGAUUGCCUGGUACUCCAAAGCAGCAGAACAGGGCCAUCUGGAGGCAGAACUGUCGUUGUCGGGCUGGUAUUUGACAGGCGCAGAGGGGAUUUUGAAGCAGAGUGACUCGGAGGCUUACCUGUGGGCACGCAAGGCGGCUGACAAGGCUUAUGCCAAGGCCGAGUAUGCUGUUGGAUACUACACGGAAACGGGGAUCGGUGUAAGACAGAAUUUGGAGGAUGCGAAAAAGUGGUACAUGCGUGCAGCGUCGCAGCAAAAUAAACGGGCCAUCCAGCGCUUGAAUGAGCUCAAAAAGGCAGGCAAAAACAAAGCAAAGCAGAAGCGCAAGCAUACCCGACCAGCAAACGGUCGUCCUGACGAUAGCAAGGAUGGAGACUGUAUAGUGAUGUAAAAAGCCACUAUGACUCUUUCUCCAAGUAACACAUACUCUCUUCCAUUCUAUAUAGCACCCAUUAAUCAUUUACCCUCUCAAACCAUCUCCAUCAUCACGCACGCACUACAUUUGUUGUUUCUUAAAUAAUGAUAUAUGCCUUCUUCCAUACUGUU